CGUAUGGCAAAACACAAAAAGCUAUAUAGGGGCUGUCCAACAAGAGGUUUUGCAGAGGAUCUGCACGAGUGGAUUGUGACAAUCAGGGCCUCACGGCUGGCUCUUCAUACCGAUACAGUGGCUGGGCCCCCCAUCAUGACAAUCUGUGCGUUAGCCUUUCUGAAGAAUAGAAUGUUCAUUAUAGAUGACAUCCUCGUCAAUUGGACAGUUAAAAGGCUGGGGCUAGGUGGGGCAGCGCACGCGGCUACGCUUUCCCGCCGCCUCCCCCGUAUACCAUAUAUCGAACAACUGGUCGUUCAUG